CCUGUGAAAGGAGGGAGGAUCAGGAGCCAUCCUUUUUCUUUGUUGGUGUUUCUAUGUCCUCGGUGGUGGUUUUUGUGGGAUGGAGGGUUUUGGGAGGCUCGGGGAGACCUUCGCCGGUUGCCAGAAGCACAUGUCAGAACCGAAGUGCUUCACCGGGCUCCGAGGUCGAUGACGCGGGCGUCCCGCUGUCGAUUGGCCACGAUGCAGCCAUGUGCGUCGAAGAAGUGACGAGGUCCGGUGGAUGGCGGCGAUUUGUCGGAGUUCAGCCCAAAUCGCGAGGGGCUUGACAUUCCGCAGUGUCGAGGAGCCCGGCAGCCCGCCAAGCUUCCGAGCUUGCUCCUGGCAAUCAGGGAAGAUCGGGCCCCGUGAAAAGGGAGCCUGGGUUCGGGCAUGACCUAAGAACUCGGCACCGAGGGUGGCGUCAAAUCGAAGAUGUGGCGGAGGGGCGGGUGGAAGGCCCCCCCCCCCUCCAGCGUGCGCUCGAGCGAGCUGGAGCGGGAUGUUUUUUUUUCCCCUAACAGGUCCCCUACAACGCAGGGAGCAGCGCCUUGGCUGGAUGCUUGCAGAGGAGUGGACCACGCAGGGGGUUGCCCGUGGCAUAGAGGCAGGUGCGCACGGGUCCUGUGUUGCGAGCGUCGAGGGUGAUCGCGGUGGGGUCCCGGCAGUUCGCGGGCGGGUCCAGCAACCUGUGCAGCGGAGAGAGAGAGAGAGAGAGGUCGCGUUGGGUCGGAAGGUAAACCUCCGGGCAGUCGCACGAGGGAUCAGGAGAGCCUCGGCCCCCGGCGCCGAUGACGCACUCGCGGGCGGGCCCGGCGUCGGCGUCGGCGUCGAGGAGGCCGGUGUUCGAGGGGCGCGCGGCCUCCCGUGCGAUCGAGGCCUCCCCGGCAGCGGUGGCCGCCUGAUUGUGGCUUGCCUGCGCCGGCGCUGUGGAUUGAGCGCGGGCUCGAGUCGUUUUCAGUGGGAACGAGGGCCCUUGGCGGCGCCUCGGUUCUUGUACUGGCGCCGGUGGGUCGCGCCGGCCGCGGCUUCGGGCGCGCCGGCGCCGCGCCCUUGCUCCGGGUGGUCGCCCGAGGCCGCCUUGGCAUUGUUGGGCUUUGAGGGUGGAGGCGGGCUCGGGCCCAGGGUAGCGAAGUGGCAUCUCUUCGGGAACGGGCAGUCGAGGCACUUCAGGAAAGGGGCACGAUCUGGGAUGAUGCCCAGGAAGUCGCCUAUGGGCGGGAUCUCGCCCUUUAACUUGCACGAAGGCACGCGGAAGGGGGAUUGCUUGGUGAAGUCCGGCGGCUGGGAAGAUUGCCCCCGGGUCGGAAGGGUUGUUUUGGCCAGGAGCGUCUGCCAGAACAGUUCAUGCGGCGGGCAGAAGCGGACCUUGGCGCACAGGGUCGCCGCGGCGCAUGCAAGAUCCAGGCUGGACAUCGAAAACUCCCAGCAAGUCAUGGAAAUGGCCGACAGCAUGUUGACGUCCCACAGGGUUGACAAAGUUGCAGAUGUUCUCGUAGAAGUCGUCCUGGUACAUGUGCGGGAAUAGGCCAAUGCUUCUGACCACCGGAGAGGGGAGCGUCUUGAGGAACCCAUUUACCGUCACCGGCUGCCAACAGGUGGCGCAGAUGGCCAUUCGAAUCUGCAUGAUUGAGCGGAUGUGAGACGUGGUGUCCGGGUGUUGGGGGAACGCCGGGCGGGUAUCUUCCUUGCUCGCGACAAAGGCACCCCGCAGGAGCUCUUGAACGUGGGCCUCCGACAGGUCGAAGAAGAUGUCCAGACGAGUGGGCUUGAAGUCCGGGUGCCGGGGUGCGAACAGCGCGUCGAGUCCCCUCUGGCGUUGAUAAUGAAUUUCCGGGGCGAAAUAGAUGAUCGACUUGGUGGCGGGCACCUGGUUGAGGAGGGCGGGCGCGGUGGGCUCGGGCUGAGGGGCCACCAUCAUGGUGCUGCCUGGCCUUGGGGCCGGGGUGGGUGGGGGGCUGGCUCCGGGGCCGGUACAGGCGGGAGGGCUGGCUCCGGGGCCGGUGCAGGCGAGGGGUCUCGCUGUGUCGGCGUGGACAGAGCCGUCCUGCUGGGCGGGCCUAGCUGCUGAACAUCCCAGGACAGUUGUAGAAUGCGGAGCUGGAUGGCCGUCAUCCGGGCCAGUGUGGCCGAGGGGCCGAGGGGCUGCGGCUCCUGCGUGGCGGGAUCCUCGUUCACGGGCUGAGGGUGCCGGUGCCGGGCGGUCUGCAUCGGGUCGAGCAUGUGGCGCAUGCUGUCCGGGUCCUGCGCCGCGCCAUUCUCGGGCUGGCCGGCGCGCAUCUCGGUGUGC